ACCAGCUCAUCUGAUGGUCCUCAGUGUGUCCCUGCCCGGAUUACAGGACUUGAUUUUGCGGCGAAAUGCCACCCAAAGAGCCGCAGCUGACUGGACUUCAAGCACCGACUGCAGCUAAAUGAGGAUGGAAAUGUUGCAGAGGGGAAACCUGAGGAGAGGAGUGGGGCUCUGCCUCCUGCUGAUGGCUCUCGUACACGAGGCCACAGGCCAGAGAAGGAGGACAGGACGCAGGAACAACUACAGGCUGCAUGACGAUGGAGGAAACGGUCUGACAUGUUCGUUGGAGGUGGCGUUCAUCCUGGACAGCUCGGAGAGUGCAAAAAUAUUCCUGUUUGAGAAGCAGAAGGCCUUCGUGUUGAGCUUCAGCACCCGCCUCUCUAUGCUGCAGGUCGCCGGCUGGACGCUGAAGAUACGAAUGGCCGCGCUUCAGUACAGCAGCUCUGUGUCCAUAGAGCACCGAUUCUCAGCCUGGAAAGACCUGGAUUUAUUUCACAGUCAAGUCAGCACCAUGACCUACAUCGGCCACGGCACCUACACCACCUACGCCAUCACCAACGCCUCGCAGCUGCUGGUGCAGGAGACGCCGGCGGACAGCGUCAGGGUUGCAGUGCUGAUGACGGACGGGGUCGACCAUCCCCGUAACCCUGAUGUGAUUGCAGCUGCAGCCGAGGCCAAAGGUCACGGCAUUAAGUUCUUUGCUGUCGGUUUGUCAGACAUCGGUCAGCAGAGCCAGAAUAACGCCAAACUGCGGGCCAUCGCCAGCACGCCUGCUCAGCAGUUUGUCCAAAGUCUUCUUGAUCCUCAGCUGGAGGAGAAGCUGUUCAAAGAGAUGGGUGCAGUUGCAUUUGAAGGGUGUCCCCAGGCUCAGGUGUGUUUGUGUGAGAGAGGAGAGAGGGGCCCUCCAGGAAGUCCGGGUAGAAAAGGGGACCCAGGCUUCAGAGGGUCACCUGGUCCAAAAGGAGGGAGGGGAGAACCUGGCUUGAACGGUCGACCUGGAAAUGAUGGUCCAGAGGGUCGUCCAGGUUACAAGGGCAACAAGGGGGAGAGAGGAGACUGUGGCGCUCCCGGGGAAAAGGGUGACACUGGACCUGAGGGACGUCCAGGCCAGCGAGGAUCAAAAGGAGAACAGGGUGCAAUAGGACUUCCAGGUGACAUGGGACCUGAGGGACCACCAGGACCUAAAGGGGACAGAGGGCCCACCGGUGCUUCUGGACCACCGGGGGACUUUGGGAUCGGAUUCCCAGGAGCCAAGGGUGAAAAAGGAAUUCAGGGGAGAUCAGGUCCUGUAGGUCCUGUUGGGAUCGGAGAACCAGGACUACCGGGCCCCCCAGGACCACCCGGAGCACAGGGGAACUCUGGACCACCUGGAGAGGGGCUUCCAGGGCCAAAGGGCGAUCGAGGAUACGAGGGGCCCAGGGGCAACCGGGGACCCCCUGGAGUUGGGGUCAAAGGUGAAAAGGGAAAUUUCGGGCCGCCGGGGUUUCCAGGUCCACUCGGUGCUCCAGGUUUAGGACUUCAAGGAGAAAAGGGGGAUCAGGGCCCAGGUGGACCUACAGGCCCCAGAGGAGCUCCAGGUAUUGGUAUAACAGGAACAAAGGGGAACCAGGGCCUCCCAGGUGAGCCUGGACUGAGAGGUGAGAGAGGAGUUGGAGAGCCAGGACCCAAAGGCGACCCGGGGUCAGAGGGGUUAUCAGGUAUACCAGGUGAGCCAGGAGAGGACGGAGCCCCGGGACAAAAGGGCGACGUCGGGUUGCCGGGGCCCAGGGGCCCUGACGGUGCUCCUGGUAAAGGCGUACCUGGAGUGAAGGGAGACAGAGGGGACAGGGGGACCAGGGGACAGCCAGGUGCAGUCGGUCCUGUGGGUCCGAUGGGGUCAAAGGGGGAACCAGGAAUCAUAGGACCACCAGGUGUGCCUGGACCUCCAGGGAGGGGUAUGGCCGGUGCCAAGGGAGAACCGGGACAACGAGGCCCAGCUGGAGCUGUGGGGGAGCAGGGGAUUGGUUUAACUGGACCAAAGGGGGACAGAGGGUCACCGGGGCCUGCUGGGAUACCUGGACAGAAAGGUGACGGGUACCCCGGUCCUCCAGGACUUCCAGGACCUCCUGGUCUGAUAGGAGAGACCGGAUCAGAUGGCGUCGGUUUACCUGGACCAAAGGGGGACAGAGGUUUGCCUGGACCUCCUGGACCUGCUGGGCCACCAGGAAUUGGCCUCAUUGGUCCGAAGGGUUUGGUUGGACAGAUGGGACCACCUGGAGCACAGGGGUUACCUGGAGAGGGGAUCCAAGGACCAAAGGUAACACUGAACGCUGUCGGCUGCAGACUCUUCAAGUUUGAUCUUGAAAAUCAGCUGCAUUCGGCAGUUUAUUAG